CACUACUCACCACCAAGCCGGUUUACAGAUUGGUCAUCGAACAUGAGCUCCAUCGCCGGUGCGAGUGGCGGCAGCAUCACCGGCGGCAAGAACAGGAUCAGAUGGCCGGAGGUGGUGGGCAUGCUCGCGGAGGAGGCAGCGAAGGUCAUCAAGAAAGACAUGCCGGACGCCGACAUCGAGGUCAUGUGGUCCGACGAGCCGGCUUCCAUGGACCUCGUGCCCGACCGCGUCCGGCUCUUCGUCGACACCGUCGCCAAGACUCCGACGGCGGAGCUGGAGCCUGCCGGCCACAAGAGCUCGUGGCCGGAGGUGGUAGGGAUGAGCGCCGAGGAGGCCCUGAAGAAGAUCCGCAGCCAGAAGCCCAACGCCGACGUCGAGGUGGUGCCGGUCGGCAGGCCGGUGGACGCUGACUUGAAGGCCAACCGCGUCCGCAUCUUCGUCGACACCGUCGUUGACGUGCCCUCCGUGGGCUAGCUGAUAGGAGCCUACUGUGCUAGCUUUAUUGCAAGCUCGGAUCGCUCAAGAACAACACGGAAUAACCGAAUAACAACAGCUUAGAUGAUGGGCACAUCGUACAGCCAGAUUUUGUGUUUCCAAGUGUCAUCUAUGCAUUGAUCACUGAAUGGAAAUGGAUUAAAGAAUCAA